UCAAACAGAACUAUAAUUUGCUAUCGAUCUCUUUUAAUAGCACAGUCUAGGAGCAAAGCUGUGAUUGGAGGAGAAACUCUAGAGACCCUGAAGCUCAACCAGUCCUUGGGAAGAACCAGAGACAGGAGGAGACGCCACAGAGAUGGAAUCUCAUAUUUGCAAGCCCUGCAGGAUGGAACCACAAAUGCAUACAAAACAGAGGAUGGCAUCUGAGAGGAGGGUGUCCAACAAGAAGAGUUGGGAUGAAGAAAUGAUAGCAUUGUUCUGUGACUAUAAUCCAGCAUCUCCUCCACGUAGAAUUAGGGCCCCUAGAGAAACUGAGCCCAGGCUGUUCAGAAUUUGGGAUGUGAGCCAGAAGUUCUUGAUCCUGAUGAACAAUAUUCUAGUGGCAACUUCCAGAGAUUCCAUGACUCCAGAAGAACUUUUGGCUGUGCUCCCCAACCACUCACUCGAUCCGACACUGCAACCCAUCUUUUUGGGCCUCAAUGAUAAAACUCACACUCUCUCCUGUAUGGAAUCUGGUGAUGGUGAACCUCUGCUAAAUUUAGUGGAGAGAAACAUUUUGGACCUUUAUUCAAGCCAUGAAGAAUCCAAGAGCUUCACUUUCUACAGCCGAUCCAAUAACCAGCAACAGACUUGUUGCUUUGAAUCUGCAGCGUUCCCCGGAUGGUUCAUGAGCACUUCCACCGAGAUAAACAAGCCUGUCCGUUUGAGUCGUGAAGGAGGGCCCGAUAUCACAAAUUUCUAUUGCGAGAGAAAGGACCCUUUGGAAUAGACCGGAAUGUUUUUUUAUUGGAAAUUAAAGAAAAUGAAAUUUUUACUCAAUUGUUCCGAUAUAUUAAGUGUGGUAGAAUGGAGGUUUAGUAGCUUUGGCUGGAUUCUGAUAUCUCUGUAAAUUUAUUUACAUAUAUUGGAAUUAGAACUGGGAAGUUUUGCAAUAUCCAUUUGCAGUGGAGGGGUGCUGUUAUAUUUCUACAUAGAAGAGCUGGCCAGGUUCUCCCCCAGGAUAACGCUUAUUCUGGACCCCUAUUUUGAGCUUAUUUUUCUGCUACUGUAUAUUCAAAUGCAUGAAAUCUAUCUAGGCCUUAUCCACAUUGUCGAAUGUUAACUGCCAUGGCUCAGUGCUAUGGAAUUUUGGGAUCUGUAGUUAACAAACUACAAAAUUCUAGUACAGUGGAACCUCUACUUAAGAGUAUCCCAACUAAAGAGCAUUUUGAGUUAAGAGCUGUCACUUGGCCCCAGAUAAACCUUGACAUAAGAGCUGCAUUUUGAGUUAAGAGCUAGCGUCAGAGGGAGUGAUAGCGCAAGAGUUGAAGCUUUAGGGCUUCAAGGGAGCUGCCUUUGUGCUUCAUGCUUCCUGUUCUUAUCCACUUUGGGAGAUUGCUAUCUGCUUUGCUCUUGUCCACUUUGAGGAAGUUUGGGUUAGUUGAUUUGGGUUAGUUGCUUUUUAUUCCUGGUAUGUUUGGUUUCAUGAGAGAGGGGGAGAGAGCAAGAGAAAGAGGGAGGGUGCUUCUGCCUCUUCACUUUGUGCUUUGUGCUUCCUUUCCCCAACUUUGUGCUUCUACCAUUUUUAAGUUGGUCUUUCUUUUUCUAUUCUUCCAUAAGAAUGUGCAUUUAUACAUUAUUUGUUAUUUAAAAAGUACAUUUUCAAUGGGAAAAUUCACUUUGAUAUUAGAGUUUUUUUGUUAAAAGCUUGGUCACGUAACACAUUAAAUUCGAGGCAUCACUGUAUUCCAUAGGAGAGAGCCAUGGCAGUUCAAGAUGUGCCAAUUCUGCAGUGUAGAUAGUUUCUAACCUGUCCUGAAUUUCUAUUAUUCUUCGCUUAAAACCCAAGCAGCUUUCAAAGAUGAGAUCAUUGCUUGGAAAAGUUACUUUCAGGAAUUAUAAUUCACAGAACCCUCUGACCUGAAUAACUACUCUGUUUCCCCAAAAAUAAGACAUCCCCAGAAAAUAAGACCUAGUAGAGGUUUUGCUGAAUUGCUAAAUAUAAGGCCUCCCCCGAAAGUAAGACCUAGCAAAGCAUGUCCGCCAUACAGAACACCAGAGCAUGUAGGAUCAGUAAAUGUACGUACCAUAGAGUGUUAUACAUGGAAAUAAUGGUAGUAACAAGAAAUUCUUGAUAGGAUUCACAGUUUGUUUGGUUAUGUUGGUUUGUGAUGACAACUACUGUAUAGUAUAUAAUAAAUGUUCAUUUUUUUUGUUCAACAAUUAAUGUGAAUUCUUCUUCAUGGAAAAAUAAGACAUCACCUGAAAAUAAGACCUAGCGCAUCUUUGGGAGCAAAAAUUAAUGUAAGACACUGUCUUAUUUUCGGGGAAACACAGUAAUACCCUGUUUCCCCUAAAAUAAGACAUCCCCAAAAAAUAAGACCUAGUAGAGGUUUUGCUGAAUUGCUAAAUAUAAGACCUCCCCCGAAAGUAAGACCUAGCAAAGUUUUUGUUUGGAAGCAUGCCCGGCGCCCACCAAACAAAACACCAUAGCAUGCAGGAUUGGUAAAUGUAUAUGCCAAUUGUAUAUGGAAAUAAUGAUAGUACAGUAGAGUCUCACUUAUCCAACAUUCGCUUAUCCAACGUUCUGGAUUAUCCAAUGCAUUUUUGUAGUCAAUGUUUUCAAUAAAUCAUGAUAUUUUGGUGCUAAAUUCGUAAAUACAGUAAUUACUACGUAGCAUUACUGCGUAUUGAACUACUUUUUCUGUCAAAUGUGUUGUAUAACAUGAUGUUUUGGUGCUUAAUUUGUAAAAUCAUAACCUAAUUUGAUGUUUAAUAGGCUUCUCCUUAAUCUCUCCUUAUUAUCCAACAUAUUCGCUUCUCCAACGUUCUGCCGGCCCGUUUAUGUUGGAUAAGUGAGACUCUACUGUAUCAAGAAAUUCUUGACAGAAGUCACAGUUUGUCUGGUUUGGCUAUGUUGGUUUGUGAUGACAACUACUGUACAGUAUAGAAUAAAUGUUCAUUUUUUGUUCAACAAUAAAUGUG